AAAAUUAAAUUUUCAGUUUUAUAUCGACAUGUACUCAAAAUUUUAAAGUAAACACUUUCGGAGACAUUGUAUUGAUGGCUUCAUGGAAACUCAGGUAAAUUUUACACUGAGAAUCUAAAUCCGCGUAGGAAAUAUAAUCACGAUUUUUGGCAUUACUCAUUUGUCACGCUGGAGGGAGGUUGUAGUUGUUUACGUAUAUUUGUUAGUCUUCUGCUCGUUUUACAUUUUUCGCGUUGUUAGUUAAUUCGGUACACCUGUACAUAAGGGAUAUAUUCAGAAAUAUGAGGCCAAGGCGGAAAAGAAAGUUGACCAAUUAUGGCGAAGGUCAUCUUCAUUGGAUUGAAGAAUCUCAACUUCAUCGAGCGUUGAUGAAAUCAUUGAGAGAAAAAUCAUCCAAAUCCCGAACAUCCUCAGAAGAUGAAUCAAAUUGCAACAUUCCAUCUCCAUCCAAAAUGCCUCGCUUGUCCGUUUCUGUUAGUGCAUCGUCCCAACAAGAAAACAUCAAUCUCAAAUGCAGCGUUAGCGUCGAAAAUAUUUUACAUAAAACAAAUAUGAAAGUUGAACUAGAAAAAAUUGAUCACGAUGGUUCAAAAAAAUCAUGGUUGAAAAAACGAGUUUUAAGAUCUCAGCGUCAAGAUGAAGAAGAUGGGGAUAUUGCAUCACACGCUAUUAUGAUGCACCCCAGAAACUCAGAAAACUUUGCAGAAACAAUUUCAGGUUCAAAUUCUCAUCAAACGAGCGGAAAUCAAGAUGGCCAAUCUGGUUCUUCUUCGAAGACUGAUUCCCCAAUUAGAGCACAGCGCAAGUUCGCUUCGAAUGCUACUCCACCAGAAAAUGUAAGACGAAGCACUCGUUGCGAACGAAAAAUAAAAAAUGUGCAACAAGAGAGUAAACAUGUUACAAUACCUGCAGAGGAUAAAACUUCUGAAUCCAAUGACCGAUUACCAGAGACAAGUGAUUUUUUGCAUUUUCUUUGUUUUAGGAACACCCCUAUUCCUGUUAAAGAUUGUUUCAAUAGAUAGGCGUUCUGGUUAGGAUAGGAUUUUCAUGUUUACCUUAUGGUGAAAAGAUGACGAGAUGGCAUAAUGGCGCAAUAAUUUAGCCUUUUAUAAUAAAUAAUAUCCUGAACUGUGUUAGCAUUGCAAUUUAUACAUCUCGACUUCAAAUCCUAUUCCCACCACCUCACCUAUGGUUGAUAGACGCACCUAUUGAGUUUGAUAGGCGAUGCCAAACUAGAAAAAUAUUAGCUUCUUACAUGUUAUUACGGUAGGUAUAAGUUUCGGCACUCCUGUAGUAUGUGUACCAGGUUAGGGUUAGGCCAUAAUCUUAUUCCGAUUUUUCUUCCUUUAGUUCUAGUACGAGUUCGGGGACUGUCUGUGUUAGCCAAGUGAAUAUACCCCCUGCCCAUAGGUUUCAGUCACUUUACACCAUGGAGAUAUGGCGAAUCACGGUAUCUUGAACUAUUACCAUUCCCAAGGAUACUUAUUAAUCAGUUAGUUGUUCUAUUUGCAUAAAAUUUGAUACUGGACGGACAGGGUAACAUAGGUGUUCCUAAUACUUGGCAAGAUGGAUUGUUAUUUGUUUAAAUUUAUCGAGUCUUGGAGUCAUUUUUGAAUGAUUCCUGGUAUGACAUAAAUCUUGCCCUACAGACUUGAUCCUAGGAGUGACUAACAAUGUACAGUAUUGGGAUGUGAUUACUUUGUUUGAAAUACUUUAUUUAUUAGAUAUAAGUUUCUGCUGUUGAAGUGCUUUGCUUGGAGCAUGGAGCAUUAAAAAGAAAUUUCUUCAAAUUUCCCAAGUCCCGGAGUCAUUUAAAAAAAAUUGUGGUUGGAGUUGGACGUAAAAUUGCCCCUGGCUCACGGCACUUGGUGAGGACUAACUGACAAUAUAUUGUUAUUUCAUUACUUUUUUGAAAUUUGAAGAAGCUAAUCAUUUCUUGAAUCUAUGAUCUUUGAUUUAAAUAAAAGCCAACUCUUUGAAUUUGUGAACAAAAUUUGCAACUGUGGUUUACAUUUAUGCAAGUUUAUUAUUUGUUUCUACUUUUUCCUUAAUUUCACAGUUUUUUUGACUAGUUAUGGAUAACAUUAUUGUAGUUUCUUUUUCUUGUAUGAAUUUCCUUCUAACAGAAGAAGUAUUUGAAAAUUAUUUUAUGGUUGCUAAACACCACAACAUUGCCUUGUUU